UAGGUGUCAGGCAUCCGAUGGCUUGAACUUCUAAACUUGGGCGUGUAACCGAAGAGAGAGGAAACAGACUUCAACUCUCUCGGGCCUUCCCGCUGGGCAGCUUUCAAGCGACUCUUUGGAUUUUAUGAGGUCAUUUUCAGCUUCUAGCUCGUCGCCUACUUACUCAAGCGCGCACACGCGGCCGUGGAGGAGUUUAUGCAGCACAUACACAGAGGAGGUCAGCUGGUCUGGCAGUCAAGAGAGGAAGCCGGCUGUGAAAAGGAAGGAAGUUCAUAGCGAGUGUUCCUCCCAGACGACGAGAGGAGAGGGUCCAGGCGGGACGCCGAUGAAGAUGAAGCGGACUCUUUGUCGAACCUCCUGCUUGGUGACUCUGCUGGCGGAGCUCAGCUGGAUCAACGGGAGCCUCGGCCUGCAAAGGGAGGCGGGGAGUAGGGUGGCGAAGCAGUGGGAAAGGAAGGUGCGCGCGGCCUCCGGCCUCGACGAGCUGCUCAGGCUCGCCGACUUCCCCGACUGGAAGUUGUGGAAGUGUCGCAUGACACUGCAGCAGUCGGACUCUCUUUUCUGGCCACCUUUGGGCGGCUCCCAUCGCUCCACGCGUUACGCGGCGGAGUCUUACAGCCUGGAGAUACUCAAAGCCAUCGAUGAGGAGUGGCAACGGACGCAGUGCAUGCCAAGAGAGACGUGUGUGGAUGUGGCCAAGGAGCUGGGCACUGCCCCGUCCGUGUUCUUCAAGCCACCUUGCGUGUCCGUCCACAGAUGUAGUGGCUGCUGCAAUCAAGAUGGUGUCACAUGCAGAAACACAAGUACAGUACUGGUCAAUAAAACUGUCCUGAGCGUGAUUCCAUUCAAGUUUGUACCGGAGCCCGUGUUGAUAAAAGUCGCGAAUCACACAGCAUGCCGAUGCAUGGAGCCGGCCAUUAUACGACGCGACGCUCAGCCUCAGGGCAGCAGUGGUUGUUCUCUGAUCAGUCAGCUUCCAGAGGCCGAGGACUCCAUGAGACUUUGCGUCAGCGGUUGGAUUUGGGAUUGCGCAAGUGACAGAUGCAUACCGUACCCCUCCGGUGGUAGACCAGAGUUGCCACCGACGUCACGGAUGCCCGACUGUGAGAUCGAUGUCGAGCGUUGCGACUGUGUCCCGAGAGCUGAACCCACCGCCCAACUAAGACCGGUCCAACGCUGCCACCUGAGCAGCUCCAUCUGUUCUCACAGACGUCAAUAUUUUGACCCCUCAUCCUGCAGGUGUAAGUGGCCCAAGUAGCUGCAAUUAGGAUAAACUCGGGCCCGGUCUUUUUGGAAGCAGAGACAUAGAGGCACGUAACUUAUUUACAAUACUAUUUAUGCAAAUCACGUGAACUAAUAGAGAUGAUAGUAGGUCACAGGACCAUGUUAAUCCAUUUUUAACGUGCUGAUCUUAUAUUUGAAUCAAUGUGUGAAUUUUAUUAUUAUUAUUAUUUUCCGUGUGUGUGUGUGCACUGAAUAUAUAGAUUAUAAAAAAGAUUAUUUUUGUAUCAUUUAUAUUUGUGCAAUUGUGGAUUAUUGCUCCCAUUUUAUUUGAUUUGUAUUUUGCAUUUGAAAGUAUCUCCAUUUCCUCUCAUGGGGAAACGCAACUUUCGGAAAUAACAACGUGAAACUCCAUCCUUUAAUGUUCAUCUGAAAUUUAGAUCAUUUACACAAAGAUAAAAUCAUGACAAUAAACACAUCGGUAAUAGGACAAUACGGGUUUCUGCGAUGGACAUUUAGACGCAAGUCAAAGCUUGAGCGUGCCACGCAGUGGCGUGGCAGAGGUCAUGCGCAUGUCACGAUUUGGACUGUGCGUGGACGCUUUGAUGAUCUCAGGGCAGAAACAGCAGAGGUUCUCCUUGAACUCCUUCUGAAGGUUCUCGCUGAGCAGAUAAAGAGAAAAAAAGGGUUCAGGCAGGAGUUUGUGAAGGCCAGGAUCCGAGCAACAGCGCUGCACACAAAGUGGAUCGGGGACGUGUCCACCAAAUGGAUCCACAAAGAUAUUGUACAGAAAAUAAUGUAUUUAUGCACUGGGGAAUUAAAAAAAAAAAAUACCAUUGGUAGGCAGCAUUUCAAGUUGCUUUGCUUUGAAAAAAAGAACAGUUGUGCGAGACAGUGAAGCACUUCAGCAUGAAGGUUUUUGUCUGUGAACCUAUUUCUCUGGCGCCAUCUUCUGGCAUUUUAGGGACAAUCAAACAAUUAUGAAGUGAGGGGAGGAGCUUCAUUCAGUCAGCCAAUAGCCUUGUCUCCUAAAAAAAAAAAAAAAAAAAAAGUGCUUUGCUGCCAUCUCCUGGCAUCUACAGGCAAAUACAAAUAUUUCGGGUGGGAGUCAAUAAACAAUAUUGCUUCCAAAGUCAUUCCAAAGACUGCGCAUGACACAGAUUGACUUUGAGCCAAAACAAAUGAAAUGAAUAACAAACUGCACAACAAUGUAAUGUUGCAGGAAAUGGCUAUUUAAAAAAAAAAAGCUGUUUAAAAAUAAUUAGAAUGAAAAAGCUUGUUGUGGCUAUUUAUAGCUGUUUGAGCAUUUAUUUGAUAUCCUUGAUAUCCAUCUUAAGGUCCAUGUACUAGUAUGCCCUUCGCCCUCGCUCGUAAAGCAAUUCCGUACACUAUUUGCACGACGAGGGUGCAAUAGUAGGCGGCACUUUAAAAACCUUAGUGCCUUUGUGCCCGUGUCGAUCCAAACUGAGCAUGAUCGUGUUUGUAAAAGCAGACUAUUUAUCACAUAUCUCGUAUUUGGAUUCGGAUUGUGCAAGUCGCAGCUUGUUGAGGCCUACCUCUGAGUAGUGGUAGGAGCGGCAUAAGAAGAUGGCGUGACCGGCCAGCCAGCAUUCGGCGCAGAGGGCCACAAAUGCCAACACUGUCUUGGCCAAGCGUUUUCUUGACUCGACCUGUCGAAGGUUCGAGAAGGAACGUUUCAGAAUAUUGGAAGAAGUAGUCUCCUCGGGCACAUCGGUCAAGCAGCUCAAGAAUACAGCGAUACGACGCGAGAAAUGGUUGUUACAGUCUGCAGCUUGCAUACACUCCCCGUCAGGCUACUAGCGAUGAAGGUAUAGUACACCGCUAUGACCAGCAGUGGGAUGAUGUAGAAAACGAGGAAGGAGACAGCGGAGUGGAUCUUAGGGUGCAGCUCGCCACGAGGGGGAUAGGGCGCACAGGUGACAAAGCUCUUAUUGCCGGAAGGAACGUUAAAGACGUGAAGGUCAGAGAAGAUGGCCUCUGGAGGUGCCAGGACAAGGGAAACGAUCCAGACGAGCGUCGCCCGCAGGACGAUGCCGGCCGCAGAACUCGACGUCGGGAUGUCGAGCGGCCUCACGAUGGCCCUGUGCCUAAUGUAAGAGAAGUCGGUGGAGCGCUUAUUCAACAAUCCAUGAUAUUUAUCUUAAAGUCGCACGAAAGUGGACCAAAAAAAAGCUCUCAUCAUUUGGCACACCACGGUGAAGUGUUUUUUUGUUUUUUUUAAAAAAGGCUGCCAAAUUUGAAUGGAUACCAAAAAAAUCAAAAAAUAAAACACCACGUUAAAUAGUGUCAGAUUGGCCACUACACAGUGAAAACAUAUCAAUAAACGACUGUGCUGCAGACAUAACACUAGUCGACAUCUGUCAAGCACUAGUAGCGGCCUGGACCCUUAAUAGUAGUGCUCAUAUACACUACUGAAACAGUCUCAUAUGGACUACUGAAAUUCUCUUAUACAAAUGCCUUUUUUCAUAAAGGUCUCAUACAAACUACCGGACUGAAUUCUUUUUCACUCAUAUACAAGACCGAAAUGCGCUCAUGUACACUAAUGUUUUUUGCUGACUGGGAGUUGACUGGGAGACGCCGGACAAACUCAUCAUCACUGGUGAGCUUUUGGAAGGAAUCCUAACAUCAGCACCGAUGCCGACAAGUACACUAAAUAUCGAAGUCGCUGUGUUUGUGUCCAAUUUCGCCGUUUGUGAGUGCAACCGGGUCAAUCUGUGUGUUUAUGUAUCAUUACACAAAAUCUGUUACUCCCUGUGUGUAUGUGGCUCGGUGCUCCUCCUCCUGUCGUUUCUUCUUCUGUGCUCCCCACUAUAAAUGUUUUCUGCGACCCCGCCUCCGCCCUUUUGUGAAUCACAUACAAUAAAAAACUCUUACAUUCUACACCAGAAAACCUCUCACUCACACCAAUCUCUAAUAAAAAGUUUUUUUUUAAAAAACUCUCGCUCCACCACAAAAACUCACAACCCAAAAAAACCCUCUCACACCCAGAAAACCUCUCUCACUCAUAAAAAAAAAUUCAAAUGUACCAACAAACUCUCAACCACCAAACAAAAAAAACCCUCUCACACUCAACAAUAAAACUCUCACAGGCACCCAAAAAAUGAUUGCAAAGCUCAAGAAACCUCUCACACCUAAAAAAAAAAAAAAAAAAACCUCUCACUGUCACCACAAAACCUCUCGCACAAAAACGUCCACUCUCAAGACAACCAUUCACGGAAACCGGGAAACCUUUCAAACUCACCCAAAACCUCUCGCUCACAGGAAAAAUUUACUUCUUACGCGCAACCCAAAAAACACUCAAACAACGAAAAACUCUAAUGUACAAAAAAAAAAAAACACACAAAAAAAGAACCUCUCACACUCAUAAAUAAAUAAAACUCACACUCAAGAAACUCUUACACACAUGAAAAAAACUCCCAGUCAGCAAAAAACUCUCUCUUUCUCUCUCUCUCUCUCACACACACACACACAAACCUUUUACACCCAAAAAACUCUCACACUCACACAAAAAACACGCACGGACUAAAAAAAAUUCACACACCACAAACCUAAAAACUCAGUCACCCAAAAAAAUGUCUCACACGCCCCCAAAAAACGUUUACACUCACCAAAAUACCGCUCACUCAUGUCAAACAACUCUCGCUCUCACCAAGAAACCUCUCUAACUUAUCAAAAAACGUUUCGGUCACACCCAAAAACCUCUGUGGCAAACGAGAAAAAAACUCUCUCUCACCAAAAAAAAAACAAAGAAACUCGCACAUACUUCAAAAAAGUUCACACCACGAUGCCACAAGACGGCGCCAAAGCAAUAUUUUUAUAUUAGACAUGGCUUUGGCCUGAGCACAAAACCACAAACAGGUGAGUUUUUCAACGAAUAACUGAGAUAGUUUCAAAUCAAAUAGCGAAUACGCGGGGGGGACACUGACGUUCAACGCACGAAUCAGGGAGUGACUCAUGUGCAAGAAGUUCUGAUGUUUGCACAGACUGACUGCUCAAACUCCCCCACCUUCCUGCCUCCACUUCCUGCUCGCCGUCUGGGGCUCUCUUCCGAAAUCCGGAGUUCUCUUGUAGCUGGGCUGCUUCAACAAAAUGGAACUUCGCAGGUACCACAAAUGAAAAGGAGCUAAACCAUCAGGAGACACUCAAGAUACCACUUAAAGGUGAUGUAAUAUAACGAUGCACACCCCAAAAAAAUAAAUGAUAGAAAAAUACUGACCAGUAGGCUGUACGAGGUAAUACGCUGGAAACAGAACACAUGGGAUUUCUUUUCAUCUGCUGGGUUUAGGCCUGCAAGGCGACUUUAGGCUCU